UGCUACGACUGACUGUGUCAUAGUGAAGGGUAUAGUGGCGAUUUAUAAACAAUCUUAUUUAUCUUAUUUUUAAUAAUUAAAUUUACAAAAAAAACUGCAAACAUGAGCGUUUCGAAAGUGCCGUCCGAAUUUUUACCGGAUAAAAGCGGAGAAAUAUUGCCAUUGGAUCCUCUAAUAGAAGUCAAUGAAAAUGCUGUUGAUCGCCCAUACGAAGAAGGCGAUUUCUUGGAAAUAUCACCAAGAAUAUUCAGUGUUAAGGACAUCAAAGAUAAAAUGACUAUACCUUCUUUGAAUAAUGCCAUUUACGAACUGGGUGUGGUAAAUUUGUGCUGGCCGGAAAUUACGGAACCUGUAUUUGAAACUCGUACGUGUUUUCCCAAGAGUUAUUAUACGAAUUCCACUAAAGAACGUCUCCUGUUGGCGUAUGCGGAAAAUUUCAGGCGACAAUUUAAAUUUCAUUACAAAGGAAGGAAACCUUUGCUGCUACAAGCUCCCAACGAGUGUGGUUUACAGAAAAUGGUGUGUACCUCAAUAAGGCCUACGAAGCUGUGUUACCGAGGCACAAAUACCUGGCAAGGUGUUGCAUCACUGGUUUCCGACUAUUUCGACUACGAGCCUCUGACGAAACCUAUGCUGCACCCGGAACGCAUAAUGUCGCCGUACACCGUGAUAAUCCGCCGCAGUGGGAACCCCUUUGAGCUGGCCCACAUCUGUGUGUCUUGGCUCAUCGGCGCUGGGUACGACGCGUACGUAGUCGUCGGCUGUGCCAAAAGGGACAUCUGCAUGGCCAUAAGAUAUAGAACUGUCUGCCCGGAGAUUCCAGAUGAGACUGAGAAAGUCGUAGAAGUGGGUCCACCAGAAGAAGAGCCCAGAUAUCGACUGGUGCCUCUGCCCGACCUCACCUCCAAAUACUGUGAGGAGAUGGAGUUGAAGGACGCUGCGAAAAAGCAGGCAGAGUGGGAAAAACAAGAAAACGAACGGCUCAGGAAGAUUGCGGAACUAGAGAAACCCCCGCCAGACGAGAUAGACGGUUGGCGGACCCACGCCUGGGUGAUAAUUUUACCCGGUUCCGCAGGAGUGGAGGAGCCCUUCUUUAUUGAACCCAGCGAGGGCAACCAGCACCCUCUCAAUGCUGAGCAGUACCAACACUUGGACUGUAUUUAUAACCACGAAAAUUACUAUGUGAAUCUCCAGGACUGCUCCGGGGGUCUGGAUAAAAUCAGCUACGACCUGACAGAUCUCCAACUUUGGGAGCACCUUUUGGCUGGCGAGCCUUUCUACCGAAGACAACUGGUAGGAAUAGACCAGGCAGACAAGCGAACCGCUGUAGAGACUGAAAAACAUUUGGAUAUGCCUGCUAGCUGGGUGGAAAAGUUGGACCUUUCUGCUGAUGAGUUUGAACAGAGAUACCCUGGCAGCCACAGGAUCGUCCACUUCAAGAAGGUCCUGCUGGAGAAAUUCUCACCUUACUCUGAGAGGGAUGGAAUUGUGAAGAGGCUAAGCAUGUUUGAAGAUUACGCUCUAACAAUACCUACCGUCACAUACCAGUGGUAUGAACAGAGAUUGGACAAAAUGCUGACUUCGAGAAUAGAUCAUGUAAAAAAAGAAAUUUGUGAGACCUUUGGAAUCGGUAGAAGAGAUCAUCUGUUGAAGCACACAUACUCUAUGGAUGCGCCAGUUCAUUCGGUGGAAGGCAAUCGAACCCUGGAGUUUAACUACUACGCUCGAUUGGACCACCUCACUAAACUGGUGUGCACUCCACUUACUUUCGACGAAUACUACACGCAUAGGGAAGAUAGGCUUGAAUCACGUAAGAUAACUUACACAGAAGGCACUAAACUGGAACCAAAACGUCAAGUCUUGGACAUUGUUGAGUUAUUUGGCAGAAACCCUAGCGUCCCUGCCAAGGACGACGUGUGGAAGAAGAUCUUCCACCUUCAGGAAGGCACCAUAGAACUGUUCUAUCAUUACGCGUACAAUUUCGUUACGAACGACACGAGGAGCUUCGUAAAACCAAACUUGGCUGAAACUGGAGGCAAGAUCCUGUUCAAUCCAGAUAAAACUGCUGGGUAUAUUGCUGACCCUUGCUCCCCGCACCCCCGCCCUUUGAACGUGUAUUAUGCCCUCUGCGAAAACAUGGAGUGCGAAUACCGUUCAGAGAAGCACAUCAGAGACAGGGAGACAGACAUCAAUGGGUAUCUAAAGCAGAGGCACCGGGAACUUACGGAGCCGAUCCUGUUUGUCGCCCUCUUCGACACGGAGAGGAAUGAAGCCGCGAAGAAUGGAUGGAAAGAACAGGAGUUGAAAAAAGCCGAGAUACUCGAGCGCGAGAAAGAAGUGGAAAUCGAUCCGCUGGCGCCAUACCUCGCCAGGAUGUUUGGUUCUGGUCACGGCUCGGGAGCGCUCCUGACCGUGAAGGAGGCCACGCUGGUGCGGGAGCAGUGCAUCAACGACUUCAGGGCUAAACAGCUCGCCAGGCAGAACCUGGUACAGGAGCGGUUUGAUGCGCUGAAUGCUGAAUACAAGAAUAAGAGACUGUGGUACUUGGCAAAUCAGUUUAUCUUGAGUCAAGAGAAAGAAGCGGCCUACUUCGCAUUGAGCGCUCAACUAGCUUUCCAAGUCCAUGCCCUGGAGGUGCGCCUGACUCGGCACAAGGACCUGUCUGCACCCAGGUUUAAGGUUCUCGAGGACUACCUGGCCAAACACCCCCUGUUAAAGGAGUACAACCGAAUGAUGCACUAUUAUGCUACCAAUAAAACCAAAAAACAGGUUUCAGAAUGAUGGAAAUUCCAUUACGACAAUGAAAAAUGUGAAUAUGUUUUUUUAUACAUUAUCCCAGGAAAUUGAAUAUACGUUUAUGGUGAUGACCUAUAAAAGUUGUUACAAAAUUUUAUAUUUUUAUCAUGGUUUUUUUAAAUAAUUUCAAUUAAUCAUAAUCCACCUGCAUUGUUAGUCUAUGAAUUAUAUUAAUUAUCAAAAUCGAGAUAUAUCUAUUUUACCUAGAUUAUACGUAUUUUUAUCUUGUUAA